AUGAACGAUCCCAAAUUGUACUUGGAAGCUCAUGAGUUACAAAGGAAAGACGCCGAAAACUUUUAUGAGGAGUUUGCAUCAAAAAUACUAUGGCGAAGUGAUGGCUUGGAUACACUCAUUGAUAUUGGUUCAGGUCCAGGAGAUACAACGGCUGAUAUUGUAUAUCCCCUUAUGCCAGUCAACUUUCAACGAUUCGUAUUCUCCGACAUUCAACCCAGUAUGGUGGAAUUUUCCAAACAGAGAUAUAACCAUCUAGAAAAAAAUGAAUUUCAUGUUUUGAAUAUCGAAACGAGUGAUGAUCUUCCAAGCGAUUUAGAAGGAAAAUUUGAUCAUAUUACAUCAAACUACUGCUUGCAGCUUGUCCCCAAUUUAGGGCAAGCUUUUCGUAAUAUCUACAAACUUUUGCGUCCCGAAGGUGGUGAUAUUUUAAUCAAUACUGCACCCUAUGUAUCUGACUUUGAGGGUUAUACCAGUCUCAGUAAGCAAGAUAAAUGGUCUUCCUAUUUGUAUGGCAUGGAAAAAUACACCUCAUCGCUACAAAAUAAUGAUAACCCUCGACAAUACAUGCUGGACUUAUUUGCGGACAUUGGUUUUAUUGAUUGUUUUGUUGAAACUAGUGUAGAAAAUAUGCGUGCAGCAUCUCCUUAUAUACAUCGCAUUCCCGUAACUAAACAAGAUGAGUUUAUGGAUGAUUACGCUGAGGCCAUGGCUAAUUUGGAAUGGAAGUAUAAGUUGUACAAUAAAUCUGAUCAGACAAUUCGCCCUAUAGGCAAAUGGUGA